AUGUAAUCUCCUAUUGCCAGAAAGAAGCAUCCUUCUAAAACCUUUGUUAUCAAGAAGAACACUCUAUUGUUUUAAUCUGCAGAUCAAGGAAACAAGAGAUAAAGAUCAUAAAGAAUGAGUAAAUCGAUGAGAAGAAGAGGAAAUUUCUUAGAUAAAUAGGAAGCUUUUUAAAUCAAUAAAUUUGCAGCAAAGCUCAAACAUAGUUCUGAUUCAGAAUCUGAUAGCGAUGUUUCUAUUGGAAAGUCAGGAAAAUCUGAAAGUUCUGAAUCCAGCAUACAAUCAGCCAAAACAAUCAAAUCACGUUCUUCUAAAAGAAUAAGAGGAAAUCUUAAUCAAUAUACAUAAGACAUAUUCUCGACUAUAAUUAGAAAAACAGAAAGCCAAAAGGACUAACAAAAGUAUUAAUAUAUCCUAUGAUUUUAGAGAGGAAAUUUAGUAAAAAUUGUUUGAAAGAAUGGCUGAUAAGGCAACAGCAGAGAACUAUUUACUACAUUAAAAUUUAGAACAAUUUGACUAGCCCUUUAAGAGAAGCAAUCAAUUUUAAAAAGAUGAUUAAGAUUCUGAACAUUUAUUUGAAAUAUUUUCUAACCUUUCAAAUGAAGAUAAAUAAUCAGAUAAUUCAGAUGCAAGUAUUUAGAUCUAAGAGGAUUUUGAUAUAUAGAGAAUAUAAUAACAGAAAGAAAAUUCAUGUCAUAGUCCAAAGAUGUCCAUUUAAACUCCUAUAGCUGAAAUGAGUGUAAAACCAAUAAAUUUAAUAAGUCUACCUUUUUCAAACCCAGAGUGUCUAAUUUACGUAUAUCACUAGCUGGUUUUAGUCCAUUAUAAGUUACAGAUUCAUCCUUAUCUUCUGAAGAUGUAAAAAAAAUAAUUAUCCAUUAGGGGGAUUAUGAUUAACUAUAAAACUUGUCAAAUUAAUUCGACAAGAUUUAUUAAAAAUUAACUUAUGUUAAUGGUGCAUAAUUUAUCAAAUAUAGAAAACUUGAAAGUUUCCAUAAAUAUCAUUUGAUUUAUGUAAUAAUCAAAAAUAAUUGAGAGCUCUUAUAUAGAUAAUUACAAAAUGUUAAAAUUUAGAAAAUAUGUGCUCUAUUUAUAUUUAAUAAUAAAGAGAAUCUCUAAAAUUAUUGUUAGGUCUAGAUUAUAUUAAUAUAUAUUGACUUUAGUAACCUUAGGAAAUAUUAUUAUUUUUAUAUCUGAGCAUCUAGAAUAAUAAGAUAACAAAUAUUAAGAAAUUAAUAUGAGUAAUUAUUAUAAUUUAAAACAUAGCUUUUUUAUGUUGUUACUUAGUAGAUAUAGUAUUAUAAUUGUUUGCUUUUGGAGUGUUUCGUACAAAAUUCAUCUUUCUUUCAAGAAUAAUUGAUGCUUCUUUAAUAAUUUUAUAUUAUUACCAUUUAAGAUAUUCUUAGACUGUAAUAGAUAUUACACCAUUAAGAAUGACAAGAUUGUUAAAACAUCUUGGAGCUAUAUUUACAGGUAAAUAAAAAUACAUAAUAUAAAAGGAUUAUAAAAAAUGAUUGAAGCAUUAAUAGAAUCCUUAAAAUUUAUUUUAGAAUCAACAGCUAUAGUAAUUUUAUUUGCUUUAUUUUUUGCAUCUUUAGGAACUUCAUUAUUUAUGGGUUUGCUAAAUGAAAGAUGUUUACCAUCAGAAGAAUCAGAGUGGGUAUAAUGUAGGGAAGGAUAAUGUUCAGAUGGUAUGACUUGUUAGAUGACAAAUAAAUCUUAUAAUAUUCCAACUAACUUUAAUAAUAUAAUCUAUUCAUUUGGUCUUAUUUUAAAAACUGUUACUAUGGAUGAUUGGAGUUGGGUGAUGUAUUAUACAAUUAGAGCAUUUCAUCCAAUUGUUUGGAUAUAUUAUGUUUUGAUAAUAUUUGUUGGAGGUUUUUUUGGUUUUAAUCUUCCGAUUGCAGUAUUUAAGACUCAUUUUAGUGAAAUGUAAUUUAGAGAGAUAUAACAUAUUGAUGAAAGAGAAAAUGUAAUCAGCAAAUCUAAUUUGAAUAGAAUUGGAUUUUAUCAUUACAUAAUUUAAAUGAAUUAAUUUUUGUUUUCAAAUUCUUAAGAUAUCUUAAUAAUUGAACCUAGGACAAAUAGAGUACAAUAAUCUAUGGAUAUUGAACCAAGAUUAUUAUUGGGAAGUAUGAUAAAUGAAAAUAGAAUAAAUGUAAGCAAUUUUACAUAACUUAAAAAUUAAAUAAAGAACUUUUCAUUAAAAUUCUUACUUCUUCCAAAAUUAUCAAUUCUAUAAAAAUACUAUAUUAAUUUAGAUAUUAAGAAAUUUACUUAAGAUCCAAAAAUUUAAGAUAUAAUAAAAUAAUUUAGUAGAUCAUCAUUUUUACUAGAGAAAUAUGUAGAUUAUAAAUAUCAAUAUAUAUAAACAAGUCAAUUAGAUAUUUUAAGAAAUUCACUUUUUUAGGUUCUAAAAACAACAGAUAAUAAAAAUUCUUAAACUUAUAAAAAGAAAGUAUUUUAUUAUUAACCAAUUUAAAAAAAGAAAUCAAUAAUAUAAAGUAAAAAUAUAAAGUCAGGUAAAUUUGAAUCAAUGGGAGCCUUAUUAACAAAUAAUUAGAGAUCUUUUGUUUUAUUACCAAUAAAAAUAUCAAAAAGAAUUAAAAAAAAUAGUUAAAAUCCUUCUGAAAUACAUGGAGCAAAAUCUAGUUCAAUGUCAUAUUCUCCAGAUGCAGGAUUAAUUUAUAAUAAAGAAAUUGAAAAGUAGAGAAGAAAACACCCCUAUUUUAUGAAUGGAGAAUAAUCUAUUCCAAAAUAAACUAUAAAUAAACCUUUUACAAUUUAUCAUUGUGGUGAAUUAAAAUUGCUUUUAAAUGGAGUUUAUUUAGAUUAUGAAGAUAUUUCAAAAAGAAUAAAUGCAAAAAUUAAGUUUAAACAAGAGGAUGAAGUAAAAUAUUAAGAAGAAGAAUAUAUAAAAAUAAAAAGAAAAGAAUUUUAAAAAAGAUCCAUUAAAUCAAGAAAUUGGUCAGGAAACAAUAUAUUAAUUAAUAAUUUGUCUUUAAUAUAAAAAUUUAAUGAUAUUUUUAGAUAACUGAAUAUAAGGGAUAUUGAAAUUUGGUAAACAUCAUUAAGUGGUAUUUUGAUAACUUUAAGAAAAUAUGCAUUUAGAAUAAUACAUUUUAAAUUAACAAAAUUAAUUUUUGAUUUAACAAUACUUAUAAAUACAUUAUUUUUAGCUUCAUAAGGUAUAAUAUAAAGAAGUAUAAUUGAUGAAGUAGAAGAUAUUGCUACAAUAUUAUUAUCAACAGAAAUUAUUCUUUAAUUAAUUGUUAAUAAACCAAGUAAUUUAUUAUAAAGAUAUUAGGAAGAAUAGCAAAGAAUAAACAUCUUGUAAUAGAAUUACUUAUUGUAAUUUUAAGUUUGAUUGAAUUUGGAUUUAGUGAUUACUUAAAUGUUAGUGAAUAAUAUUUAAGAUUAAUGAGAUCUACAAAAUGUCUUCUAUUCUAUAGAUGCAUAUCUUAUAUUUAUAUGGCUAGAAUAAUUGGAGCAAUUGCAUAAAUUACAUACAAAUCUUAUGUAUAUUUAGCCUUUCUUAUGUUUUUUAUGAUCUUAACUUUUGGAUUGAUUGGAAUGGAGUUGUAUGCUCAUAAAUUCGAUGAAUAUCAUAAGAAUGGAUAUAUGCAUUCAUUUGAUGAUCCAGGAUAAGCAUUUAUGACAGUAUUUAAUAUAAUGACUAAUGAUGAUUGGUUUGGAGUGUAUAGAAUUGGAACAGAAGUGUAAACAGAACUAUCAAUAACUUAUUCUAUUGGUUUAGUGUUUACACUUAAUUAUUUUAUUUAUGGAAUUAUGAUGGCAAUAUUAUUAGAUGGAUUUAGUUAAUAUUUAGAAAGAGAAUCUACAAAUGAACAUAAUGAAUUCUUGAAAGACAAGAUUAAAUAAAUAAAUAAACUUAAUAAAUAAUUAGAUUCUUAACCUUCUGAAAAUGAUUCUGAUUCUGAAUCUGAAUCUAAUUCUAGUUCAUCCUCUAUUCAAUAAUAUUAAGAUUAAGUUAACAAUUUUUAAGUUUAUACUAAUAGAUUUCUUAAUCGUAAGGAGAGUAUAUCACCUGAUAAUAUUUAAUCAUCUUCUAAUAAUUUAAGAGAGUAAUUAAAGAGGGAUAGUAAUUUCACAGAGAAAAUAUUUCAUUCUCUAUAAUUCCCUGUAGCUAGAACUAGAAAAAUAGACUAAUAAGAAGAGGAGAAAAAAAAAAUCAAAGAUGAUUUUAGAAGAUUAAAAAGCAAAACAAAUAUGCGAAAAAUAAAGAGUUCAGAACCAAAAACUAUAAAAUACUUAUAAGAAAAUCUAGAAUAGAUUUAUAGAAAAAUGUUUAAAUAAAAUACUAAAUUAUAUGCUGGAAUUGAUUGCAUGUAAUCCUAUUAUUGUUUUAGUAAAUCAAAUUCUUUAAGAAAAUUCUUCUUUAGAAUUAGUUCUAGUAAUUAUAUUAAAUAUUUUAUUGAUUUAAUAUUACUUCUAUCUAUUAUUUAUUUAGCUCUACCAAAGAAUAUUUAAUAAACACCUUUAUUGGUUACUGUAUUAUUUAUAUUGAAUUCAACUAUUUUUAUUGAAUUCAUAAUUAAAUCUAUUGCUUAAGGGGCAUUUCUAGAUAAGGGAUCAUAUUUAAAUGUAUUUUUAUAUAUAAUUCAUAGUAUACAUGGAAGAUUGUUGAUUUAGUAUAUAUAAUAGUUUAUUAUAUGGAAUUCUUUGAAAUUAUUAAUUUACCAAUUUUUAUUGUGAUCAAGACAUUUAUAUAUUUUAGACCUUUAAAAUUACUUUAUAGAAUAAAAUGGGUUGUUAGAGUAAGAGCAGCAUUAACAUAAUCAUUAUUUGAUAUAAUCAAUGUUUUUGUUGUAUUGCUUUUAGUAUGGCUUAUGUUUGCUGUAUUUUCAAUGAUGUUAUAUGCAGGUAAAAUGGGAUUUUGUGAAGAAUAUAUAAAUUAUGAUGUAGGAUAAGAGGAAUGUAACAAAUAAGGCAAAGAAUGGAAAGUUUAUAAACAUAAUUUUGAUAAUAUUACUACAGCAAUGCCAGUAUUAUUCAUUAUUUCUACAUUUGAUGGAUGGGGUUCAAUCUUAUGGGUAUCAUAAAAUAGUAGAGAAGCUUUUAAUGGUCCACAUCCUUAUUUUAGUUAAAUUCCAACAUAUCUAUUUUAUGUUGCAUUUUGUACUGUUGGAUCAAUGUUUUUCCUACAAUUAUUCACAGGUGUUUUAUUCAUAAAUUUAAAAGCCAAUUCAAAAUUAAUGGAAAAUCAAUAAUUCACAUAAGCAUAAUUAGAAUUUAUAAAGAUUUCAGAAAUUAUUCUACAUGAUCAUCCCAUAAGAGCUUCAUUACCUAAGUCUUAAUUUAGAAGGAUCUUAAAUAUUUUAAUAAUGAAUAAAUAUAUGGAUUUAUGCAUAUUUUCUAUUUUAUUAGUAAAUUGUAUUGUAAUAAUGAUGAUUCAUCAUUCAGCUGAUGAUCAUUAUAAUGGAAAAAUCAAUUAAAUUCAUCAUAUAUGUACUUUAAUAUUUGCGACUUGGUUAAUGCUUCAAUUUAUAAUAUUAGGAAUCAAUAGAUUUAAAGAUAAUUUCUGGAGACUCUAUACAUCUUUAGUUAUUAUAUUAGGAGUUGUUGAUUUGAUUCUUGAUUUCAAAUUCAAUUGGUUUAAAUUAUAUUGCAAUUCAACUUAAUUAACUUAACAUUAUUAAUUAUUAAGAAUAUUAUAUACACUAAGAAAUUUAAGAAUAAUAAUUAUCUUUUAAGGUUUGUAAAAUCUUUAAAGAUUAGUAAGAGUUAUGUCAUUUGCAUUUCCAUUUUUACUUAAAAUUCUUUUUAUACUUCUAAUUAUAAUGGUUGUGUUUGCAUUUUAUGGAGUUAUGCUAUAUGGAACUAUAGAUAAAGGUGAAGUAAUUAAUGAUUUAAUAAAUUUUUCUAAUUUUUGGUUGGCUAUGUUGACACUUUUUAAAUGUGUAAGUGGUGAUGAUUUUCGUUCCAUUAUGAAUGAUUGUAUGCAUCACAAUCCUUAUUGUUCAGAAGAUCCUAAAUAUUGUGGUUCACCUUAUGCUUAAAUUUAUUUUAUCUCUUUUAUGCUUAUAUCUAAUUAUGUCUUAUUGAAUUUAUUUGUUUUAGCUAUGAUUGAAUAAUUUGAAUUUUUCUUUAAUAAUUAAGAUUCCAUUCUUUAAACAUAUGUUGAAAAUAUUGACUCAUUUAGAAAGACAUGGUUCAAAUUCUCAACUUAGAAUGGGUAGGUAUUGAAUAUUAGAUGCUUACCUCAUUUAUUAAUUGAAAUCAAAGAACCUUUAGGAUGUAAACCUUAUGAUAAUUUAUGGGAUGCUGCCAAACUGAGUUUACAAUUUAAUCUAUUUUGUGAUAUUGGAGAUAACAUUUCCUAUAAUUAAUUAUUAUAUCAGAUUUUCUAUCAUAGAUAUUAAAAACAAAUCUUUGAAUAAUGUUCAGAAAUGGCAGCAUAAAAAAUGUCUUAAUUCCAUAAAACUAUGAUUUUUAGAUUAGCAUAUUAUAGAAGAAAAGGAUUAAAAUAGAGAAGAACAAACAUAGGACCUCAACUUAAAUUGGAUGGUAAUGGAAAUAUAUUACAUAUUCUAUUAAUGUCAUUAAUAGCAUUCAAAGUAUGGAAAACCUAUACUCAUCAGAUAAUUACUAACAUUAUUACUGAUUAGUAAUAUUUCUCGGAAAGAACUGUAAGGGAUACUGAACCAAUUAGACAUUCUAUUACAUUAAAAAGUAUUGAGAGUUAAGAAUCUAGAAUAAAGUUAAAUGAUAAUCCUGUUUAUCAAAAAAGAAGGAUGGGAAGAAUGAAAAGAGUAUCAUUAUAAGGUUAAAUUAAUGAUUAUUUACCAGGAGAUUAUAUAAAUGUAUUUUAUUUUAUACUAUUUUCAAGCCUAAACCUGUAUUAAAAAGAAAGAGUAGUUUAGGAAUUGAAGAAGGUAAUGUUUAAAAAAUUUAUCAUUCCCGUAAAAUAUAAAAGAUAUAAAAGUUAUAUAGAAUGAAUUGA